CGCAGUGCGGGGACGACGGGGUUGUUGACGGGGAGGCUGCUUCGGCCGCCGCCAUCAUGUCGAUCUUCACGCCGACGAACCAGAUUCGCCUCACGAACGUGGCCGUGGUGCGGACCAAGCGGGCCGGGAAGCGCUUCGAGAUCGCCUGCUACCGGAACAAGGUCGUGGGCUGGCGGAGCGGCGCAGAAAAGGACCUUGAUGAAGUUCUGCAGACAGCCACCGUCUUUGUGAAUGUGUCCAAAGGCCAAGUGGCAAAGAAGGAAGACCUCGUGAAAGCUUUUGGCACGGAUGACCAGACAGAAAUCUGCAAGAUGAUCCUGGCCAAGGGGGAGCUGCAGGUGUCUGAUAAGGAGCGCCACACACAGCUGGAGCAGAUGUUUCGCGACAUUGCCACCACCGUGGCUGACAAGUGUGUGAACCCAGAAACAAAGAGGCCCUACACCGUCAUCCUUAUCGAGAGAGCCAUGAAGGACAUCCACUACUCGGUCAAACCUGGGAAGAGUACCAAGCAGCAGGCCUUGGAGGUCAUCAAGCAGCUGAAGGAGACCAUGCAGAUUGAGCGGGCGCAAAUGAGACUGCGAUUCGUCCUCCCCCGGAAGGAAGGCAAGAAGCUGAAGGACAAGCUGAAGCCCCUCAUCAAAGCCAUUGAGAGCGAGGAUUUCGACGAACAGCUGGAAAUCGUGUGCCUAGUGGAUCCGGGCUGCUUCCGGGAGAUUGAUGAAUUGAUCCGGUGCGAAACCAAAGGCAAAGGGACCCUGGAAGUGCUCAGCCUGAAGGACGUGGAAGAGGGGGACGAGCGCCUGGAAUAGCCGCCCGCCGCCAUCACCCCAGCCAGGACUGUAUUAAAGGCGUCCUCGAGUCGCCUCGCUGCGGCUUUGACCUUUGCUCUUU